ACUGCGCUGCUCAGUCUGGGCAGUCUCGUUCAUAAUUGCCCUCAAGUUUAUAAGGUCAGAGUCUUGAAUUUGGUCUUCCUCUGCUCCGUGCUCUGCUCCACUCACUGCCCGCGCAGCCUGCUGUAAACGUCCUCGUCGCUGGUCCCGGCGGUUAUCUACCAUAUUGAUUUUAGUCUCGUGAUCUCGGCGCGUCGCGCUGUUUGUUGUUUGUGACAGGUAUUCACGCCAGAUCCCGCCCCCUCAUAAGCUCGCCCCGCGGGAAUAUUACUCCUUGUCUUUUCUUUUCUUUGCUUCAUUUGCCCCCCGCCGGGAACAACACAACAAUCUCUAUUACGUCCACUCCCUUCAGAAAUGUCCCUAGACCGCCGUCACCCAGCGUCUCUCCUCCCAAGGUCCCUUCACAAUCCAUACCUUGUAGAUCUUAUGCGUAGGCCUGUCUCAAUGGAAAUGAUCUCCUACAUCGCCCAUCAGGCGUCGCGGGCCAUCAUGAUCAACGAGCAACUUCCUGCUGCUAGUGCCCUCCCAACACCCCCUACGACGCCAAUCAAGGCCCCCUUCUCUGAGACACAGGAUGUCGCAGCUCCCGUCCCAGUGGUGCCGAAACUGCCGAGCCUCGUGAGCUUCAUCAUUCGUUUGGUGAACAGAUCGAACGUCCAGGUGCCCACGCUACUCACCACCCUCAUUUACUUGCACCGUGUGCGUGUCAAGGUGCCCGCCAUGACCAAGGGUCGACCGUGCACCCGGCACCGUGUCUUCCUUGCGACGCUGAUCGUAGCAGCCAAGUACCUCAACGACUCAUCUCCCAAAAACAUACAUUGGGCAACAUACGCCGAACACUUCGACCUCCCAGAGGUGAACCUCAUGGAGGAACAGCUUCUCUACAUACUGGGCUAUGACCUCCGCUUCGACGAGCACGAAGCGUGCAUCCACUUUGCACCUUUCAUGCCCACGCGCAUUGUCUGCCCGCUCACUCCCCAGCAGCAGGAAACACGUGCGGCGGCGGUCGAGCGAGUCUCUAAAGCAGGCAAAGCGCGUGCCCAGGCCCAGUUACCAACUCCACCUAGCGAAGUUCCUCCUCCACCUCCCAUGGGAUCAUCUAUUGUGUCCACAGUCCGCGGGAUUGCAAGGCGACUCUCGAGCAGCCGUCUUGGAGGUACCCAGAGCCGUGCUUCUUGCAUCGCGUCGCCGAUAUCGAGCGUGCAUAGUUGCGACAGCUUGAGUGCAACUGAUUCCGAGAUGGAAUCGUUGAUAGAGGACACUGGUUCUUCGUCUGAUUCAACUAGCAGCGUCUCCGACGAUGAGCAAGAGGCAGACGAGAAGCCAAGCGUUGUGAGGAAACAGUUUGUCCUGGGUGGUAUCCCGCCUCAGGCACACAGAGAAGGACGGAAAGUAUCCGAAGCAGGCUCAGUUCGAUCUAUAGCGACCGUCCGAGCAGGCGACUCCCCUUCUCCCCCAAACCCACCCGCGCCUUUGGAGACAUGCACGAUCAGAGUCGUCAACCGUGCCGCCGUCCCCGGUAAGCGAGCGAGCUCCUACGUAUAUGGCACGUCGAACGACAAUCAGAAUCAGUCUGACCCUGAUUCCGCUGGCGGAUCCGGUGUUCCUGCUUCUCGUAUGAAAGCAAGCGUCAGCAUGUCUUCCAACGGAUUCCUUAGUCGCAUGUGGAGCGCGGCGAUCAAGGGUCAGGAGAAAGAGAAGCCAACAUGUGACCUCUCUGGCAAGGGGUCGCUGGGUCUUCCUGCGGUGAGCAUUGUCGAGCCAGCAGAACGCCAUGCCCCUGGUCAUGGGGCUAGUGCGUUCCAUAGACUGGUGCACUCGAGGUCUGCGAUCUUCCGAGCGACGGCCAAUCAGAAUCUACUUGACGUUUGAGUCUCGACCGGCUGGUGACGGACGUGUUUUCAUACAUCAUUUAAUCAACCCCUUCAUUUCUGCAUCGAUCUUCUCGUUGUUUCAUGGCACAUCACUAUUUCCUAUCGUAUUCUGGACACCACGUUACCCACCCCUCGGACCCGUUCUUCAUCUCAUUCCCCGGACACAUCACUCAUCUCGGUGACAUGGACGUCGGACACCACUGUAGCUCUAUUCCUACUCUCGUUCUGUAUCUAUCAGAUAUGCACGCCGCUC